CCUCGCUUUGCGUGACCGCGGCAGGUUGGUCCUGGAGCAGAUGAGCGCAGAAUAUUUAGGCGAAAGCGAGAGGAGGGGGGGAGCGCGGGGCAGGAGGAGUACCUCGGCCAAGAAAAUUAUGCAUGCGUUAGGGAAGCUCUGAGAGAAUGGCUGUGGAAGCUCUCCACUGUGGUUUGAAUCCACGGGGUAUUGAUCACCCUGCCCAUGCUGAAGGUAUUAAACUGCAAAUUGAAGGUGAAGGUGUGGAAUCUCAAUCCAUUAAAAACAAAAAUUUCCAGAAGGUGCCUGACCAGAAAGGAACUCCCAAGCGACUGCAGGCAGAAGCUGAGACGGCUAAGUCAGCUACGGUGAAGCUGUCUAAACCGGUGGCUCUAUGGACCCAGCAGGAUGUCUGCAAGUGGUUGAAGAAACAUUGUCCGAAUCAGUAUCAGAUCUACAGUGAGUCAUUCAAACAGCAUGACAUAACUGGGCGAGCCCUGCUGAGACUUACUGACAAAAAGCUCGAGCGAAUGGGGAUUGCCCAGGAGAACCUCCGGCAGCACAUCUUACAACAGGUACUCCAGCUGAAGGUGCGAGAAGAAGUCAGAAAUCUACAGUUACUCACACAAGGAAAUGCUGAAUGAUGUACAAGAAGCUAAUACAAGCUGCACCUGUGGGACAGGGAAGAUGGUGGAUGGAGAGAGGGUGUGUGCCUUUUAUGUCACUUUGUUUUAUGAAAUGUAUGAGUAUAUUAACUAUUUAAAGGAAUAAAAUUUUUAAAAAGAAACAAGAAGGAAAAAGGUGAAUUUUGGCAUUAGACAGGCCCAAAUUUUAAAUCCUGUACCUAACACAUUUUGCUGUGCUCACUAAAUAGGGAUUUCGCAAGAAUUGAGGGAGCUAAGAUAUAUAAAUCACUCAGUACAGUAUGACAGUAAAUGCAGAAUAUUGUUGGCUAUCAGUAAUAGAAGCCACGUAAUUUAAUCAACCUCAUACAUUUAUAAUAAUCCUUAUUUUUAUAACAUCUUUAUAGAGAUAUAAUUCACAUAACAUACAAUUUACCCACUUAAGGCUUAAAAUUCAGUGAUGUUUAGUGUGUAAAGAGAGUGGUGCAACCAUCACAAUAAUUUACAUAUGCGUAUAAAAGAGGAUAAAGAGGUUAAGUAAUAUACUCAUAGUCAGACAACUAGUAAAAAGCAUAGCACAGGUCUGUCUGACUCCACAGCAAACUUUUACCCAUUACGCUUUAUUGCCUUUAUUAUGUCAAAUGGGCUAACAAUUUCCACCUCCAGGUGGUUGUUAAAUGAGAUUUUAUGUAGAAACCAUAUAAUAGAGUUCAUUGCAUAUUCUAUGACAGAGGUUGGCAAACCCUUUCUGUAAAGGACCAGUUAGUAAGUAUUUUAGUCUUUGCCAGCCAUAUGGUAUCUGUUGCAACUACCCCCACUAGGCAAAACCCAAACAUAGACAAUACUUAAAUGAAUUAGGCAUAGCAGUGUUCCAGUACAAUUUUAUUUACAAAAAGAAUUACUGAUACACAUCAAAGGAAACAACAGAGUGAAAAGACAACACAGAAUAGAACAUAUAUAUAAAUCACAUAUCUGAAAAGGGGUUAAUAUCCAGAAUAUAUAAGAAACAUCUAUAACUCAACACAAGGAAAAAAAAGCAAGCCAAAUAAUAAAAUAAGCAAAGGAUUCAAAUAGACAGUUCUCCAAAAAAGGUAUGCAAAUGGCCAACAGGCAUAGGAAAUGAUGCUCAACAUCACUAAUCAUUAGAGAAAUGCAAAUCAAAACCACACAUCAUCUCACACCCAUUAGAAUGGCCACUACCAAAAGAACAGAAAAUAACUAGUGUUGGCAAGAAUGUAGAGAAAUUGGAUCCCUUGUAUACUGUUAGUGGGAAUAUAAAAUUGUAUAGCCAUUAUGGAAAACAGUAUUGAGGUUCCUCAAAAAACUAAAAAUAGAGUUACCAUAUGAUGCAGCCAUCUCACUUCUGGGUACAUAUCCAAAAGAAUUCAAAGCAGGAUCUUGAAAUAAUUGUACACCCAUGUUCAGUGCAGCAUUAUUCACAAUAGGCAAGAGAUAGAAGUGACCCAAAUGUCUAUCAACAGAUGAAUGGAUAAAGAAAACAUGGGAUAUACACAAAAUGCAAUAUUACUCAGCCUUUAAAAAGAAGGAAAUCCUACCACGUGCUGCAUGAUAAACCUCAAAGACAUCGUGCUAAACAAAAUAAGCGAGUCACAAAAGGACAAAUAAUGCAUGAUUCUACUCAUAUGGAGUAUCUAAAAUAGCCAAAAUCAUAGAAACAAAGUAGAAAAGUGGCUACAAAGGCUUGGGGAGGAGGAAUUUGUGUUUCAUGUACAAGUUUCAGUUUUGCAAGAUGAAACCUCGUAGAGAUCCGUUGCACAACAACUUAGAUAUACUUAACAUGACUGAACUAUAUACUUAAAAAUGCUUAAGAUAGUAAAUUUAAUACUAUGUGGUUUUUACCACAGUAAAAAAAAAAAAAUUGCUAGCCCAUUGUUUAUGGACCCCUGCUUUACAAAGUAAAAAAAUGCAAGCUUUUGAAGUCAUCAUCAAGAUUAUUAUUUUUAUUGUUUUAUUUUCUCAUGCUGUAGUGUAGGGUUAUUUUUGGAGUGUCCCUUUUAAUGACUUUCUUGGCUGCAAAUAUGUAGAAAGUGUAAAAAUAUAUCAGCAACUAUGAGGGUUGGGUAAAUUCAGGCAAUAGAAAACAGUGUCUCAACUGGCAAGUUAGGCAGAUGUGAGUAGAAGAUGCUACCAUCCUCAUAUGCCUUGAUAAUUACUGCCUAUAAGAUGAAAAAAGAAUAGUAUGUUUGUUUACCAGGGCCAGUUAUAGCUCAUUAAACAUCAGUGUUUCCUGAAGAACUUUUUUCACAUUGUCCAAAUAUAUGUGUCAAAUUUUACUCGGGAAUUGCAUAACCAGAUGGACUUUCCCAAAGCUCUGUCUUUUGGAACAACAAAAAUUAGAAACACUACUUUCUAAUCCAAGAAGACUUUUUAGAACUAUAUGUGCGGACUAGCUAUUUUAGUCCAGUCACCUCCACAAUGAUACUUCAGCAACUCAAGUAGGCCAUCUGAACUGAAGUAGGCCAUCUGGUCCACCACCUUGCUUAAAGAAGAAAGUCUUUGUAGAAUGGAGCAAUAGACUUGUUGAGAAAUUGUCCAGUCUCCUUUUGCAGAUUUGGGCACCAAGAACCAAAGAGGAUUAGAGGUUUGUUCCUGGUUACACAGCUAGUUAGUGGCAUAACUGAAACUAGAUUGCAGUUCUUCUCAUUCCCGUGCCAGUAUUCUUUUUAUCUCAUUGUUUUUAUUAAGGUAUAUUCUGUAUUGCAUACAGUAAAAUUCACCAUUUUUAGUGCACAGUUAUGCAAGUAUUGGCAAAUGCACACAGUUGAAUAACUACCACAACAAUCAAGAUAUAAAAUUUCUAUUACUCCAGAAAAUACUCUCCCAGUGCUCCUUGGUUGUCAGCUCCUUUUAUUACUACCAGCCCCUGGCAACCUAUGAUGUUUUCCAUCCCUACAGUUUUGCCUUCUCCAGAAUGCUAUAUAAAUGGAGUCAUAGUGUCUGACUUCUUUGACUUGUGGAGAUGGAUUUAGACUUAUCAAAGCUGUGACGUGUCAUCAUCCCAUUCACUUUCAUUGCUGAGUAUUCCACUAAAUGUAUUAGAUUGGUGCAAAAGUAAUUGCAGUUUUUGCCAUUAUUUUUAAUGGUUAAAAACUGCAGUUACUUCUGCACCAACCUAAUAUAACCACAGUUUGUGUAUCCAUUCCCCAGCUGUGGGACAUUUGAGUUGUUUGCAGUUUUGUUUGACACAAAUAAAGCUGCCAUAAGCACUCACACAUAGGUUUUUAUUAUAAACACUGAUUUUUAUUUCACUAAAAAAGUAAAUAUCUAGAAGUGGAAUUGCUGAUUGGUAUCUUAAAUGUAUGUUUGACCUCAUAAGAAACUGCCAGAUCAGUAUUCUUAAGAUGGUGGGAGAAGAAGAAAAACAGAAUUAGAGACUGGCUUUAAUAUAUAUAAAAACAGUGGGAGGUUUUCUGGGAAAAAAAAAAAAAACUGCAUCUUUGUAGAAGUUCUACCUAGUGCUUCCUGGAACCACCAGUAUCGUUAGGGGCCCCAAUUUCCCGAGAGUCUCAGGUCAAACAUAUUUACCAUUAACUUAUUUAUUCAAAACAAAUUUUCUCAGUAUCUAUUGACCAGGCAAUAGGAUAUGUCUUUCUACAAGUGACAUUGAGAAAUGCUUCCUUUGUCCGUCUUCUGAGGAAGAGAAUCUUCUUGCUCCUGAGAAAGAAAACAUGAGCCAGUCAGAUUCCUUUUUAUGCAUAUGUGAAGAAUGUCUGAUGUUCUGAUUGUCUAGUAUGUCUCAAAUUAUGCUAUUUGAAUUUCCAGGCUCUUUCAUGCCUUUUAUUUAGUUGAGGCUUUAGUGUUACAAAUCUGAUGUUCACAUGCCAGUUCUCUUCAACACAGUUCUUCUGCUUUAUCGUUGGAUAGCAUGAGCUUUUCCUUGCCUUGGUGCUCACAUGUUCCAUGUACAUGAUAUUGACUCUCUUGGUUCUCUUUGUAAUGGCCUCGUUCAGGGUGUUGGCAAACUGCCCUCUUCUGCCACUUCCCAAAUGUUGAUUCCUCCUGGGGGUAGGUCCUCUUAGUUGUUGGCAUUUUACAUGCUGCCUGGAAAAUCUCACCCUCUACCACUUAAGCAUCCCCUACUUCAUAGUGACUCCCAGAUUUACGUUUUAGACCUCUCUGAAACUACAGAUUCUUAUUUUUCUCUCUCUAAAAGAUGUGUACCGCUGAAUAUUCCUCUGACAUCUCAAAUUUAAAAUAUCUGAAUCUAACCCAUUAUCCUUUUCUACCAUCUCCCCAGUCUGUUCUUCCUCCUGUGCUGGUUUUCAAGGUUAAUACCUCCAUGACUCACACGCUGUCACCUGUCGUAGAAGGUUCAGAGUCACCUGUGAUUACUCCAUUUUCCUCAUCACUAACAUGGAGUCCAUGACCAAAUCCUCAGAGUUCUGCUUGUGAAGUGAGUUUCCCAUCUUUCCCAGCAUUGUCUCUACCUUAACCACUGUGUUAAUUCGUUCCUCUUCAGCUCUUUCCCAGGCCAUUUGAAUAACCUUCUAGUUAUCAUUUUAUCUGAAGUCUCUAUCCUGCUCCCUCAAUUCUACUUCAAUUAACAUCCCACUUCUAUUGCCAGAGUUAAAUAUACUUCUGACAACAUUAUUUCUAUCCUUAAAACAUUUACUGGUUCCCAAUUACCUACAGAAUAAAAGUCAAACUCUUUAGCAUCGCAUAGCCAUUCUAGGCAUUUCAUGGAUGUAUUAACUUUGGGCAAGUUGCUUGUCAGAAAUUAAGACAUCUUCAUUAUAAAAAUGGGAAUAAGAUCUAUUUCACAGGAUUGUUAUGAAUAUUGUAUAAUAAAACUCACGAAAAGACAUAGCCUUGAUGAGAUAUUAACUCUUCUGAGAAGACUUACCUCAUCUUUCAGGCAGAACUAAUCAUUCUCCUAUCCAUCUGCAUUUCUUUUUUAAAAAAAAAAUUUUAUUUAAGUUCCAGAGUGCAUGUGCAGGAUGUGCAGGUUUGUUACACAGGUAAACGUGUGCCACGGUGGUUUGCUGCACCUAUCAAUCCAUCACUUAGAUAUUAAGCCCGGCAUGCAUUAGCUAUUUUUCCUGAUGCUCUCCCUCUCCCCACCCUCCACCCCAACAGGCCCCAAUGUGUGUUGUUCCCCUCCCUGUGUCGAUGUGUUCUCAUUGUUCAGCUCCCACUUAUGAAUUAGAACAUGAAGUGUUUGGUUUUCUGUUCCUGCGUUAGUUUGCUGAGGAUAAUGGCUUCCAGCUCCAUCCAUGUCCCUGCAAAUGACAUUAUCUCAUUCCUUUUUAUGUCUGCAUAGUAUUCCAUGGUGUAUAUGUACCACAUUUUCUUUAUGAAGUCUAUCAUUGAUUGACGUUUGGGUUGACUCCAUGUCUUUGCUGUUGUGAGUAGUGCUGCAGUGAUUAUGUGCAUGCAUGUGUCUUUAAAACAGAAUGAUUUCUAUUCCUUUAGGUAUAUACCCAGUAAUGGGAUUGCUGGGUCAAAGGAUAUUUCCAGUUCUAAGUCUUUGAGGAAUCACCACAUUGUCUUCUACAAUGGUUCAACUAAUUUGCAUUCCCACUAACAGUGUAAAAGCAUUCCUAUCUCUCCGCAACCUCACCAGCAUCUGUUGUUUCUUCACUUUGUAAUAAUCCCUGUUAUGACUGGCGUGAGAUGGUAUCUCACCGUGGUUUUUAUUUGCAUUUCUCGAAUGAUCAGUGACGUUGAGCUUUUUUUUCAUGUUUUUUGGCCACAUAAAUGUCUUCUUUUGAGAAGUGUCUGUUCAUUUCCUUUGCCCACUUUUUAAUGGGGUUGUUUGUUUUCUUCUUGUAAAUUUGUUUAAGUUCCUUAUAGACUCUGGAUAUUAGACCUUGGUCAGAUGGGUAUGUUGGAAAAAAUUUCUCCCAUUCUGUAGAUUUUCUGUUCACUGUGAUGAUAGUUUAUUUUGCUGUACAGAAGCUCUUUGAUCCCAUUUGUCAGUUUUUACUUUUGCUGCAACUGCUUUUGUCAUUUUUGUCAUGAAAUCUUUGCCCAUGCCUAUGUCCUCAAUGGUAUUGCCUAGAUUUUCUUCUACGGUUUUUGUAGUUUGUGAUUUUACAUGUAAGUUUUUUUGUUGUUGUUGUUGUUUUGUUUUGUUUUGUUUUUGUGGGUUAUUUAUUUAUUUAUUUAUUUUUGAGACAGAGUUUUACUCUUGUUGCCCAGGCGGGAAUAUAAUGGCGUGAUCUUGGCUCACUGCAACCUCUGCCUCCUGGGUUCAAGCGAUUCUUCUGCUUCGACCUCCUGAGUAGCUGGAUUACAGGUGCCCACCACCAUGCCCAGCUAAUUUUUGAAUUUUUAGUAGAGAUGGGGUUUCACCAUGUUGGCCAGGCUGGUCUCGAACUCCUGACCUCAGGCAAUCCACCUGCCUCAGCUUCCCAAAGUUCUGGGAUUACAGGAGUGAGCCACUGUGCCUGGCCUACAUUCAAGUUUUUAAUUCAUCCUGAGUUAAUUUUUGUAUCAAGUGUAAGGAAGAGGUCCAGUUUCAAUUUUCUGCAAAUGGCUAGCCAGGUUUCCCAGCACCAUUUAUUAAAUAGGGAAUCCUUUCCCCAUUGCUUGUUUUUGUCAGGUUUCUCAAAGAUCAGAUUGUUGUAGGUGUGCACUCUUAUUUCUGAGUUCUCUAUUCUGUUCCAUUGGUCUGUGUGUCUGUUUUUGACCCCUCUGCAUUUCUUAGCACUUUGUUCAGACUAAUAAUACUGUAUUCAUCACAUAGUAUCCAUUGUUCUUCCAUCCAGUGUGCUCCACACUUUGUGUGAGGUACUAGAGAUAAAAAGGGAGUGCCCAUUCUAGCAAUAAGGAUAGAGUGAUGUAUGCCAUUAUAGAGACACAUGAUAGUAUAAUGAUGGCACAGAGCUGGAACUCAGCCUCACUUGGGAAUAGGUGGGAUAAGGAAGACUUGCCAGUGUUACAACAGAUGAGCUAGUUUUUAAGCGAUAAAAAUGUUAACAGGUGCACAAAGGCUGGCAGAAAGGGAAGCCUGUAUAAAAGCAUGGUAGCGCUUUGUCUUCCUUGUAGACUAUGAGCAAACUUCAGUUGUGUUCUAAUUUUGCUUUGCAUAGUGCUAGCGGGAAUGGAUCCUCUGUAUGUUUUUGCUAAUAUAAAUUUAAUUGUUGCCUUUUUCUGUCAUUUUCUUCCUCUAUUUCAUUUUCCACUAAAUCUUCUCAAAGCAGUGAAUGCAAUAUCAAUUUUCAUGGAUUCAUAAGAAAAUAAACAUAGCUACAAAGCCAUUUUGAAUCAUCUUUCACCAUGAGCAACAUUACCUAGGAUCUCCUUUUUUAAGAAUCUCUUUAUUCCCUUGUGAUCUUUUUCUAUUGACCCAUCAAGUAAAGACAAUGGCAAGCGCUCUUAAACAUAAGCCAUUCACCUGCUUUGAGUUGUUUCAUCUAAUAUUUUCAGUCCUUAAAUGUUCUCCUGAGUGACACUCUCAAGUGAUUGUUAAGUGAACCUUCUCCUAUGGCCAUGAGCUCAGUGGCUAAUGGUAGAUAAGGAUUUUGGAUGAGUAACCUAAUAGAACCUGAACAGAUUAUUCUUCUGUAAGCAGGGUCUUUUAUUACUACUUCUUCAUUCAACCUUAUUUGAUUAUGAUCUGCCAACCACGUGUCCCUUCUCAAUUUCCUCCAAGUCCACAUUUUCUCAAACUGCUACCUCCUUAAGAUUUCCCCCGACACAUUUCAAAAUCUUCGCACUCUUGCAGAAAUGUUGUGGCCAGGAAUAUUUCUAAUUUUAUCAAGUCUUUAAGCCAUCAGAGAAAUUCUCCUUGGAAUGAGCUUUAUAUGCAAAGGCCGAAAGACAUGUUUUUUGAGGGAAUUAUUAAAAUCAUAUGUCAGUUUAUCAGUAGCGGUUAGAAUUAUGAGAUGUAUAUCCUGAUUAGCAUCUAUCCCUGUUUCAUUUUUAUUCUGGGAAUCCAUUAGAUCAUUUAAUCCAAGAAGGAGUUUUGUUUAAGGCUGGACAUGGACUCAUGAUUCUUGUCUGUUACAUUGUUCAUAGUAGAGAAAUAUCUGCCUUUUGUAGCGCCCCUAAUGGUUCCUCUAGCCGGCAUAUGGGAGACAUGUCUACACAUUAUUUGUCUAAUUUGGACUUUUUCUAUCAGGAAUGAUCCUUGUCAUUGCUGCUUCACAGCUCAAUGUUUUAAGUCAUUCUUUGCAUACUGAUGAGUAACUUUUAGGGAACUUCAGAGACUUCAAAAAGGCUUCAUGUCUGCCCCUGCAGAACUCACCAACCUCAAAUGCACGGACCACUUUGCAUUUAAAUGUACUAGGUGAAACAAUAUAUGUGAUAUCUCUUGUUUGGACAAUUUAAGAUGGUCAUAAGGUUGCAUUGUUAUGUCACCUUGACCUUGUGGCUCGACUGUGGAUUUGAAGGAUCUUAAAUUAUUAAUGUUGCAUUGAAGAAAGAUGAGUUACAGGUUUUCAACAAUUGAUAUUGGUUUUAUUCUUGAGGAUAAGUCUAGACCCUACAAUCUAAUAUGUGUGGUGUUCAAAUGUCCUAUGGGAUUUUUAGAGAGGCAGUUGAUUUAGAACAUUGACAUGUGGACUGGAUAAGAGGAAAUCAAAGCCACUUUCAGAGAUGCACUGAGAUCUUCUGGCUUUUCUAAGAAGAAACAGAAAAAUAUGCCAUCUGUGUGCUUUAGGACUUCUGUCCCUAAUAUUGCAUAUUAACUUAUUUCUCUGCGGCCUUUUUUGUGAGGACCACCAAUUCUCGGUGUCUGGCAUAAACCCCUAUACAGUGUAGAUGUUCAAGCCUCCCAUUGCAUCAGAAUUUCUACAUGCCAAUUCUAGAAGGUACCAUGUGCAUAGACUACACUGUGAAUGGACUCUAAAGUUGUACAGCCAUUGGCCCAGUCUUGAGCCCCAGACAAGAAUAAAGCCUUCUAUCCUUAUCCUUCUCUGAAAUAAUACUUCCAUUCUUAGUAUCCCCCUUUUCAUUUUGUUUUUUUAUUCUUUUAUUUUAUUUUAUUUUAUUUUUGAGACAGAGUUUCACUCUUGUUGCCCAGGCUGGAGUGCAAUGGCGCAAUCUUGGUUCACUGCAACCUUCGCCUCCCAGUUUCAAGCAAUUUUCCUGCCCCAGCCUUCCGAGUAGCUGGGAUUACAGGCAUAUGCCACCACGCCUGGCUAAUUUUGUAUUUUUAGUAGAGACGGGGUUUCACCAUGUUGGUCAGGCUAGUCUUGAACUCCUGACCUCAGGUGAUCCACCCACCUUGGCCUCCCAAAAUGCUGGGAUUACAGGCAUGAGCCACCGUGCCCAGCCCUCAUUUUGUUUAUCUUUUUACAGUAGCAAUUAUACAAUCAUUGGUUUAGUAAUUCAAAAAACAUUGAGAACCUACUAAGUGUCAACUACUAUUUGUAUGCUAUAUGUUAGGGAUACAGGGAUAAAUAUUAAAUUCUUGCCUUUGAAGUCAUGUGAAGGAGACCUAUAUGUAAAAUAUUAUAGCAUGGAAAUGUCUGAGGUGUGACAGAAGUGUGGAUGUUUGCAGUGUCAUAUAAGAAGGGUAUCCAAUCUAGGAGAAAUGUGUUAGAAAAGGUUACAAGGAAAAGUGACCUCUGAACUUUGCCAGCUAUUACAGUCAGCAAGAUGUGUUUAUUUCCUCUUUAGUCAUCAAACAUAUAUAAAAUUGCCAAAGUGUUAAGAGCUCUAGAGAGGUACAGCAUGUUGUGAUAGUAUAUUUACUUUAAAACCGUGUAUUUACUGAGUGCCUGCUUUGUGUCAGGCCUUUACUAGAUUUUGGCAAAAUAUGAUAAGCAAGAUAGAUAUGGUUCUUGUAUACAUGGAUUUUACAUUUUAGUGGAGAAGACACUCAUCCACAAGGAAUCAUAGUAACAUGGUGGGUAAUAUGAAUGGGGUCAUUAAUUAUGCUUUGGGGAGCAAGUAAGCAGAGGGACUUCUCUGGCUCUAAGGGAUCAGGAAAAUCUCCUUCAGGAAGCUGAGAUCUAAAAGAGGAAGAAGAGUUAGCCAGAUUAGGUGGUGCUUGGCGACUAUAGAAAGAAAAUGUCCCAGUUGCAAGGAACAGACUGUUCUGAGUCUGUAUUAGGGUUCUUCAGAGAGAAACAACCAAUAGGGUAUAUAUAGACAUAUAAGAGGAGAUUUAUUAUGGGAAUUGGCUCGCAUGAUUUUGGAGGCUGAGAAGUCCCACGAUCUGCCAUCUACAAGUGGAAGAACCAGGAAAGCUGGUGGUAUAAUUUAGUCAAUUCUGAAGGCCUGGGAAUAGAGGGAGCUGCUGGUGUAAGUCCCAGAGUCUGUAGGCCCAAGAACCAGUAGCUACAGUGUCUAAGGGCAAAAGGAGAUGGAUGCCCCAGCUCAAGGAGAGAAAGAAAGAAGUUGUCCUUCUCCACUUUUUUGUUUUGUUCAUGUUCUCAACAUACAGGUCAAUUCCACCUACAUGAGUAAGGGCAGCUCUUCUUUACUUAGUAUGCUGAUUUAAAUGCUAAUCUCUUCUGGAAAUACCCUCGCAGGUACACCUAGAAAUAAUGUUCUACCAGCUAUCUGGGCAUCCCUUAUCUCAGUCAAGUUGACACAUAAAGUUAGAGGCGAAGGUUGAAGAAGAAGUUUGGUGUGUUCCAGGAGCAUGAAGAAGCCUAAUACAGUUAGAGGGUUAGGAGUUGGUCAGAAGGGAGGGAAGAUGGCAGGAAGUGAGAUUGGAAAAGUGAGGAAAGGACUGGAAUGUGAAGUGAAUGCCUUAUAUGUUUGCUUUUCUCAAGGAAUCUAGAAUUUAUCCUGAAGACAGUGGCAACUACAGAAGGGUUGUGAAUCAGAGACUGUCCUAAUCAGAUUUCUAUAACAAAAGAUGAGAGGAUGCACUGGAAAAGCAAAGACAGGAGAUAAGACAUCUAGUUAGGAGGCUGUUUUGGUAAUCUAUGCAGGAUAUGAUGACAACCUGGAUGAGGGUGGUGGCAAAUGAGGAUGAGAAAGUUAUCCUCAUCUCCAAGAGAAGAGGAGACUAGACAACCCAUGGUAAUGGAUUGAAAAAUGGUAAAUGAGAGGGAGUAAAUGAGAGGGUUGUAAAGAUUCGUCCUUCACUCUUCUUCACCACAUUCUCCUCCCCCAAAUUCGUGACCUUCUUGCAGCAGAAUUGUUUUGUUCUACUUCUUCCAAAUGGAGAUUCCUGGACCUUACCUUGAACCUGACAAAUUAGACCCUCAGGUCCAGGCAUUGGUAUUUUUCACAGCUUCACCGCAGUUGACUUCUGUGCAUGUGAAAGCGUGAGGGUCUGCUGUCCAGCUCUAUGCAGAUUCAGGGCACACAGUACUCCAGACAUGCAUGCAGCUCUUUAAUAGUGUCUGAGUCAAACUCCCUUUGGCCUUAAGGAGUUCGUUUGUCAUAACCAGGUGAAUUCAGAAGGAGUUUUCAGCUCUUGGGGUACCUAAAGGUAUCCUAUCUUGAAACCCAAACUAGGAUGGAGCCCAUCUAACACUAUCACCUAAACUUGCAGGUUAUGUCUUCAAGACCUAAGAAAGUGGCCCACCCUCCAUAGUUCUCAGGAGACAGCACUGCUGAAAUUCCACCUCCUAUUUACCCAGAAAUAUGAAAUAAGUUUUCUUAGGCAGCCCCCAAAGGAUAAUAAACAAGUUACUUUACACAGAGACUACAAUUUCCUGUGCUUGGCAGGUAUAAGGGCAAAGUUAUCAUGGUACCACCUCCUGUGAAUAAAAAAGAGAAAGAAAGAUAGUUGUUUCAGCUCUAAAAGGUCAGUUUGGGGAUUCAUAUUGGAAACCAUUAAACUCUCAAAGUUAGGUAGCAGUUUUCUAAAUUAUUAAUAUCUAACAUUAGCAUUAGGUACUAGUUUUUAUUUCUAUAUAAAGUUUCCCAAAUCUUCACUUUAUCACCAGUGGAAGUCUGGAGCUAAUACUGAUUGUGUACCUGUGUACACACUUCACAUUGUAUUAAUAAAUUCUGCAUUUAGUUCACACAGUAAUUUUGCAAAGUAGGUGUCAUGGACCCCAUUCUACAAAUAAAGGAAGCCCAAAGAGCCACAAUGCCUGCCCAAGGCCACACAGCUAAAAAAUGUUUCUAUUAGUCUGAAUUCCUGGAGAGCCAAUAAGAUAUAUGUAUAUAGAGAGAAGGAGAUUUAUUAUAAAGAAUCUGCUGAUGUUAUUAUGGAGGCUGAGAAGUCCCAAGAUCUGCAGUUGGCAAGCUGGAGACCAACGAAAGCUAAUGGUGUAGUUCCAGUUCAAAUGUAAAGGCCUGAGGACCAGGAGAGCAGAUGGUGUGAGUUUCAUUCCAAAAGCUGGCAUGCUCAAAACUCAAGACGAGCUAAUGUUUAAGUUCAGGUCUAAAGACAGGGAAAAAAACCCAGUGUCUCAGCUCAAGGCAGUCGGGCAAAAGGAGUUCCCUCUUACUCUUACUCCUGGGAAGGUCAGCCUUUUUGUUUUAUUCAGGCCUUUAACUGAUUGGAUGAAGACCAUCCACAUGGGGAGGGAAAUCUGCCUAACUCUAUUUACCAAUUCUAAUGUUAAUCUCAUCCAUAAACACCCUCACAGAUACACCCAGAAAAAUGUUUGACUAAAUAUCUGGGCACCCUACGGCCCAGUCAAGCUGACACACAAAAUUAACCAUCGCAAUGUGUAAGAUGACUAAUUGCCUCCAAAGCCCAUGCUCUUUCCACUCCCCUAUCUGCCUGUUGUGAAGUAUUUCUUAUUUCAAAAAUACAUUUUUUUCUUUUGCAAGAAACUCAAGAUGCACUUAAAAAAAUUAACACUUGAGAUUAUUCAAAUAAAAGAUUUAGUAGCUUGCUUAUCAAAACAUAGUUAUCACCCUCCAUCUUCCAUUUUGUAUUUUUUGGGCUGCUAGGAACACGUGGUGUGUGGUUUUGCUGAGAUGCUUCCUGCAUACCUGAGCUAUUGGGUCCCUAAGAAAUCAAAUUUGUUUGUUUUUCAACUUGGCAUCAUAAUGAAGCAGAGAUGUCAGCAUAGCAUUUCUUAGUGCUGCCAAUAUCUUGAGUAAUCUUAAUCUUGUUAGAUCAAUAAUGUGAAAUCUUGCUAGUUGCCAUUUUAAUUGAUUUAAUUGAAAUUGAUUUGGCAUAAAUGAGUGGACAGAAAUUUAUUAACAGUGACCGUGAGAGUUUGAAGUAUCUGCUAUGUAAGAAGUGAUGUUACUUUGAUUUAUACAUCUAAAGACUCUGUCUUUCCAAGUUCUAUUAGAGAAACAAACCUAAUGUUUAGUGCUAAAAACUAUUAAACAUUGGUGAAGGUAGUAUAUGGAGAUUCUGAAAACAUAAGUAUUUGGGUAUUCAUUUCAGUUUAUCCCAUUUCUAUCAUGUGGUUGGUUGUUAUAAUUCACAGUUACUGUAAACUACAUAUGUGUGCAUUUAUCCUUAUGUCUAUGUAUCAGAAAAUUUGAUUUUUCCUUUGGCAUUUGUGACCCUAAAAUUCAGACCACACCACAGAAACGAGGAAGAGAUGAAAUAAUAGAGCAAAUUUUAUUCACCUCUGUUUUAUAUAUUUUUUAAAUUAAUUCUCUCCUAACACUUGGAUAUUUGUUUUGUUACAGAAAGAGUUUUACUAUAAUAAUUUUGGUCUAUCAGGAUUUGACAUGUAUUAAAACAUAAAUAAAUGGUCUCUAAUUUUCUUGCUAUUUUUAAAAUUUUAAAUAUGCAUUACCUUUUGUGCUUCCCUGUUCCUUUUCUUCUCCUUUUCUUUCCAACUUCUCUUCACUGUCCCUCCCUUCAUCCCACUCCCCACCCCCACCAAAGUGCUCUAUCACUAAAGAUCUUCCGCAGCCCAUGGAAGAGCUAUUAGAAAUUUAUUAACAAAUUUCUGCUUCUUUGUCAGGGACAAUCAUUUGUUUUAGAGCUGAUUUUCUGCCUUAAUUAAAUGAAAAUGUCACUCUGUCAAAUGAAUUCAUUUAUAUUUAUUAAUCCAGUUCUCCAGGCUUGAAUUUCUUAGUAGGGACUUGGGCUCAUCACAUUUGCUCACAGAAUAAACUGAAAAAUGUCUCUUACAUCAGUUUAAAAGACUCACAAAUUAUUGCUCCACCUUGUAGAAGUACUAUAUAAACAAAGCUGUGAUUAACAAAUGUGUGAAUGAUUUUCUUGUGUAGAUGCUAUCUAGGUACAUAUAAAUAUACACAUUUGGUUAUGUUGCUGCACACACGUGCGUCUGUGUGUGUUAGGGCAGGAAAGUGAUGAAUAUCCAUUACUACGGUCCCUUAGUACUUUAAGAAAGUGUCAAAGGUAAUAUUUUAGCCACCUGUGUGUGUUUUUAUUUGCCUUUUCAAAAUGCUAAUUGAUGAUGCAAAGUUUAAGUGCUACCCAGUCUUUCCCUCCCAAAGUAUUAAAGGAUUACUUAUUGAGUAUGGUCUUUGUAUCUAACAUGGUAAUAGGUAAUAUGUACUUAAAAAAAUUAAAAUGGAGUAAACAUAUUCAUUCACUCAUUGAACAGCUUUUUUUGAGUUACCUACUAUGUGUCUGAUGAGGUAGUAGGAAUCAGUGAUGAAGAGUGCAUCCUGAAUCCAUGCUUUUAUGGAGCUUACAGCAUCUAGCUCAUAGUAGGUACUUGGCAAACUGAAUGAGCAAAUAAAUGAAUUAAUUAAUCUUGCAAGAGAAAGAGGCAGCAGACUGAUAAUUAUUAAGUUAUUAAUUGCAUUAAGUCCUCAAAGGAGAAUGUACAGACUUGAGAUUGUGUAGUGGGGACUAACAAAGGCAGGGGUUGGAAUCAGGGAGAGUAUUUACAAAGAGGGAACAACGAUGUUAAGAUAUUUUGCUAGAGCAGGGGGUAGUUGUGAGGUGACACUGGAGAAUUAUGCCAAAGCUAGACCACGAGAACAUUUAGGUCAUAUUAAACAUGUGGGCCUUAACCCUAAGAACUUUAGACACUCAUGGAAGAGCUUUAAGCAGAGAUGUGACAUGAUCAGGUUUCAUUUUGAGAUUAAACCCUUCCAGAAGGCCAGCACACUAGUUCUUUUAAGCUUUCUGCUCUGUUUCUCCAGAACACAUACUGAAAGGGGUAAUAUUACCUUGAAUUCUUCAAGAAAAAAAACAAAUGCAAUUAAAGAAAUUCUCACUGGAACAGUAGAAACUGGCACUGAUGCUUCUCUAGCACAGGUAGAGUUUGCUUUAGACUUUCUGGCCAUCUCACAACCAUAAAUGUGAACUCCUUAAUCAUCCCCCUUUGUGGCAAAAUCCUCGUGGGUACCCACGGCAUCUUCGAAGUCCAUUGUAUACACAUUACCGUUUUCCUUCCUAUAAAAAGCAUACUUUCAACUCUACCUUUUUGUUUUGUAUUUUGUUUUGUUUGUUUCGUGUUUUUUUUUCUUUUACCUUAAGUGGUCUGGAGACAAAACUUGUUUUAAAGGACCGCAAAAUUGAGUUUCCAACAAUGUAAACAGUGACUUCAUAAAAUAGGCAGUUUUAAUCUUUAAAUAAAUCAUUCUUUUAUUUUCCUUUCUGUAUCAUAAUAAGAGUUAAAAUUAUGGCUUUGCAGUUUCUAUUGUACUGGGAGUCGAUUGGUCGCUUGGGUUAACCUGGCAUUCGGGUCAGGAAUUGCCAGUACUUUUGUUUCCUCAUCUUCAGAAUAGCUUCUUGUAGAUACUAAGAUUUGUUACAGUAAAGAUAUUUGAAAUACUUAUUACUUAGACUCCAGGGAGCCCAUCCUAUUCAAGCCUUGGUCUUAGAAGGAAAAGGUUGAGAAAGAGUUGAAGAAGUCCCUCUUAUCAGUGGACUUCUUUGUGUAUUGAUAAAGAUGACCACUGCCCAGGUGGAGCAAAAAGUGAUCUCCUGAGCAGGGUAGGAGAAUGGCUUUGACCCAGAGCUCCAUCGCAGACCCUGUAAGGUCAGCUCAGAGAGUAUUCAGUUGAAUAAAUGUUUGCUGAACACUUAUUAUAUGCUAUAUAUAGGACCCUUCAGCCCAGUAAAUAUUGCAAAACCUUAGAGCUUUAACUUCUCCAGUUUUUAUCAGAAUUGGUGCACACCCCAGGAUACUUAGCCACACAUGAGGCCAGGGCAAAUAGCAAUAUCAGUGAUAAUCACUAUCAUUUAUUAUAUGCUUAUUAUGUGUUAGCACUGUUCUAAGCACUUUUUUAGCACUGUCAUUUUAUCCUUACAACUCUAUGAGAUGGGAGCUGUUAUUAUCCCUUUUCUUCUGCAGAUCAAGCAGCUGAGGCACAGAGAACUUAAAUUAUUUGAACCAAGUCACACAGUAUAAGAAGUGAUGAAGCAAGGAUUUAAACACAAGCUCUCUCCAGGAGCGUGAUGCUCUUAGAUACCAUGCUACGUUUGUUGCUAUAACUGCAUACAUUGGGAAUAUAGUAUCUCAUCAUUGCUUUGUGCCAGGUGCUAGAGUUACAACUGGGAACACAAUAUACAUGGUCCCUGUCCUAACUGGGUUUGGAACCUGGUGGGAGAUUAUAUUAGUCAUCUGGGGCUGCCAUAACAAACUACUGCAGACUGGGUGGCUUAAACAACAGAAAUGUAUAUGCUCGCUGUCCUGGAGGCUAGAAGUCCAAGGUCACAGUGUUGGCAGAGUUGGUUUCUUCUGAGACCUCACUCCUUGGCUUGUCUAUGUCCAACUUAUCCCUGUGUCUUCACAUGGUUCUCAUUCUCUGUGUUAGACCCAAGUCAUAUUGGAUUAGAACUUAUCAUAAUGACCUCAUUUUAACUUAAUUCCCUCUUUAAUGACCCUAUCUCCAAAUAUGUUACAUUUUAAGAUACUAUAUGGAUUAAUAUUUUAACAAUUGGGGGGCAGGGAAUAAUUCAGCGCAUAACAGAGAUAGUUGUUAAAGAAGGAGAAUACACGCACACACACAGUUUAAUGCCAUACCCUGUAUCAAUGAUCCAUUAUAACUACUUCUUUCUUAAGUGUUUUCUUUAAAGACUUGUUUUAUAUCUAUAAUGGUCUAACAUGGGAUGUGUUAACAUAUUUUAAUUCUGUGAAUACUACCAUUCUGUCUCAUCCAAUGAAUUGGAUAUACUUUCAUCGCUGGAGUAUCCAUAUACUACUCUGAACAUGCUCAGCCAAUUAGCAGUAUUUCUUAAUAUUCUAAGUUCAGUGUGCUCCUAGGUUAUAUUUAUUCUGCUUUGGCCUCUCUUCCUGUCAUUUAUUUUGUCAUCUGGUGAUUGGUUUUGACGCAUAAUGACAGAAAAGGUGUGCAGGGGAUAGUGCUAAAACUACAGUAAAGAAACCAAAAAAUAUGUAUAAUUAUGGGAUGUUAAAA